AUGUACUUCCGCCAGGCGCACGGUGCAGUGGUGGUCUACGACAUCGCCGACAGGCCGAGCUUCGACAAUGUCACGAUGUGGAUGGCAGAACUAGCCAGGUACGCGCCGGAUGAUACACAUGCGAUACUGGUGGGCAACAAGACCGACCUGGCCUCGACGAAGCGCGCCGUGACCGAGCUCGAGGCCAGGCAGAAGGCGGAGGAGUUGGGUGUGUUGUUCUGCGAGUGCUCGGCCAAGACGGGCGAGGGCGUGGCCGAGGCGUUCGACCUCCUUGUGGAUUGCCUCAUGCGCGGCUGGCAGCGCGUGGCGCACAUGGCCACUCCGGCACACGUGCCCAGCGAGGCCCUCCUCGCCCAGCUCUUUCCAGACCCAGCCACCAGCACCACCGCAGGAGCCAGCGCCCAGCAGACACAAAGAUGUGCCCUCCAGUAG